AUGGUUACUUCCUUCCUUACUUCUACCGCAACUGAUUCCUCCACUUCCGAAUGGCUGCACUCCCUGCAUGCCACGGGGGACCUACACGGCGUCGGUGGAUUCUCUCUUCUUUGCGGGAUCCUCCAUCCUAAGGAUAUUACACUCGGAAGUCUCCAACCACUUGCUGUAAUUUCUAACCGUACGCCGGCCGGAGACGACGGGGUUGAAAACGGUGCAACUUGGAUAGCCGGCGAGAAAGGAGAAACAUGGGGGCUUAGUAAUUCGUUAUUCGGGGAACCGUGGCCUAAGGUGAAGAGAGGGGAAGGUAUCUUAGCUGAGGUUGUAGAUACCGCAGUCAAAGAAGGAAAAAACGAAGACGAGUUGUUGGAGAGUCUAUUUGGCGUGCUGAGUUUUGAUACUUUGCCGAAACUGAGCAGGGAUAAUGCGUCUUACCACACCCAGAUGGAGUCUUUAAAGCAUAGUAUUUAUAUUCCGGCUUUUUCUGCAUCCCAUGAGAACGUGGAUGCACAUCCGGCGGAUAUGACUCCAAUCACAGACGGAGACCCAGCAAAGGCUAAUGUUCAAACUCAAUGGUGGCGCGACCGAAAAUAUGGAACUCAGACUCAGACAAUCAUACUUGUGGGUCGGGACGGGAGGGUGAAGUACGUAGAGAGGACAUUGUUUGACGAUCAAGUCAGACCGCUAAAGAAAGAGGAGAGAGAUGUUGUAACUGAGUUUAUGAUUGAGGGUUGGAAUGAGUAG